AGAUAGCUACUUAAUUCUGACAAAUUGCAUUGAAUGAGAAAGGAUCGAAAUUUCGAUUGAGUCGUAGUCUACAAGACCAUGUCGUCUGAUCAUAACGACAGUCUGUCGGACACUUCCAACUUCUUCUAUAUUUUACCACUGCAAGCUUUACAUGGCCCUGUGGAGCUAGUGAUGCCGACCCAAGGGCGAGAUAUCGCAUUCCGCACUAGUGGCAAGAAAAGUCGAGGUUGUGUGGUGAUGUUGUUAUACACUGCUUCUGGCGAGAAGAGUAGUAUUGAGAUCCCGUUUGUGCACAUUGAGAGCUUUGCGAUGCUGACAUCCGGCAAUAAGCCUGCAAUUUCUAUGAUACUAUCGGACUUCGCAGCAAAGAAUCUUGCACUCAGACUAGGCACGCGGGAUAAGAUCGAGCAUGUGAUGCGCGGUUAUCUGAAUGGUGUUGAAGAAGCUUCAAAAAACUUGGUUUUUGUUCUGCAACCAUACAAGGAUAAUCUGUUUGUGCAAUGUGGUGGGUCUGAUACUCAGUUUGGCGGGAUAAAUGAGCUCCACAAACGUAUCGAUGCUUGGGUACGAUUCAUUAGAAAUAGGGAUUUGCUCGCUAAAGAACAGAGGCAGCAAGCUAAUCGAAGUUGUCAGUCAAGUAUGGAGAAAAGAACUUCGGAACGUUUCUUAGUGACAUAUACGCCGGAGCAGUGGCUGGAGUUACUUCGAAGCAUACAUCUGUUCAUCAAUGCCGAUAGCGACUGUGAUAGUGCGCCGUAUCGCUUUCGACCACCUGAACCCAGACCUGUAAACCCAAGUAAAAUCAGAAUCCCUAAACUGGGUGUGAAGUCGCAGUCGGAGUCAUCCGCUGAGGAAAUGGAUUCUGUGGGCCAUUUAACAAGAAGAAUUAGGCCAUUGAAUCAACCGUACGAGAACGGACAAUCACCGAUAUUUAUGGCCGAUGCCGCGAACAAUGUGUCUGGAGGACAUUAUGAGCAGCGUUAUGUCAAUGAAUAUCAAACUGUUCAAGUUGGUGUUGCGAAGCAAAAUGUGCCGCAUAUAAUGCCAAUCAAAGGACGAAGUUUCGCUUCCAGUGCUGGGCGAACUUACUCUGAUGCACCUUCAACGACAUCUCUGCAGCAGCCCGUUGCUGCGGUUGACACGUCGCAAUGGCAGAUUCUUCAACCAGGCGCAGUGGUGCAAAUGCAAAAUUCCAACGCGCAACAGCAAUAUGUAGUGAGCAGUGGGGCACACGUCACACCACUGCGUACACAGCAAGUGGUCAUGCAGACCACCUCACCACGGGUUCCGGUAGUUUACCAGGUUACACCAUCAAGUCAUCAGUCACCAUUGGUUAGACAAGCCACUCCGGAUAAGGCCAAGGCUAAUGCACAAUUGCUGAUCGUCAACCAUAGUAGUCCUGGAAGGAUUACUAGCGUUGUUUCUACACCUCAACUCACUCACGGUACUUUGAAGCGGCCGGUACGUAGCAGUCGCCGGAAGGAAGUUGAAACGAUAGCGCUAGAUGACGACGACGAGACUUGCGGAACCAAAGCUUCCUCAUCAUCGAGUAGCGGUGAACACGGCGAAAAUGGAAAUGGAAACAGUGGCAAUGGGGAGCCAAGUGAGAAGAAAGCGCGUAUGGAUGAGAACAUUCGAGACGAAGUUCUCCUGGUGUUUCCACCUGGCGAAAGUGGGGCGGUUUCAUUACAUUUUGAAGACUUGCGGGUAUUAGCAUACGGCGAGAUGCUUAAUGAUAACAUAAUAGAGUUCUAUCUGAAGUAUAUCCGUGCGAAGCUUGUCCGUGAGGAGCAACGGGAUAAAGUGUUUGUGUUCAAUACAUUUUUCUACCAAAAGUUGACAGAAAAGCAACCAUCGAUCUCAAUCCUCAACAAAAAUCAUCGAAGCUCAAUAGGACGAUUUGAAUGGAUCAAAAGAAACUUUGCAAAGGUAAAGUCCUGGACGAAGAAAGUCGAUUUAUUCAAGAUGGACUAUAUUGUUUUACCCAUAAACGAUGAAAUGCACUGGUAUCUCGUGAUUAUCGUGAAACCUGCCCUGGCCGUUGUCCCACAACGAACCGAGGAUGUUGAUCAGGCGCGGAAGCGCGGCUCGUUUCGAGAAAACCCGGACACUUUUAUCGUUGUGCUGGACUCACUUCCGGACCCUAAUGAUGUUAAAAGGAAAUGCGUUUUGGAUAUUUUGAGAGACUAUCUUGAAUGUGAGCUUGCCGACAAGCGUGGUUCGCAAGAGGAACUUUAUUUGGAUCGCACGCGCAUUGGUGCAUUGUAUCCCGUAGGAGUACCUCACCAAGAAAACUAUGUGGAUUGCGGUCUCUUCUUGCUUCAAUUUGCUGAAGCCUUUCUGACUAAACCGCCCGAUGAGAAAAUGUUGCGGCAUGGAGCAAGAUGGAAGGACUGGUAUCCAUGGUUCGAUCACUCAAUGAAAUUUAUGAGAGAGAAAAUUAGCGGACGACUGAGGAGUCUUUGCAAUGCAAAGGCAUGGCAACAGCUAGAAACAUAUGAACAUCAGCAAGGACGAGGUGUGAGCAUAGAAACUACAGCGUUGAUGAUUGAUCGUGCACGAAGGCCUCGACGACAUAGCGAGACGCGGCUGCAUGAACCACACCCGAAGGCGCGAAAACGAACUCAUUCGGAACCACCAAACAUCAAAAAAUGCGCUCCUCCCGCACCGCGUUUCUCAGCAAGCAUUGAACAACUCUGUGAGAAUGUAUGCAAUUUGUCAAAAAUGUUUUGGUCUUUAUGA